UUCCACCUCAAUUUGAGUAGAUGAAAAAAUUAAACAAAAACAAAAAGUAACAUGAAAACUUAAACCCAAUUUUACAAAUCUAUUAAACUGGGAUCCCUCUUCUUCCUCCUGUUGGUUUUCCGAUAUCGUCGCCGUUGAUUUCCCUUCCUCCCUUUUUUCAUUUAUGUUUCAUACUGCUUCCCUCUUACUCCAUGCUUCACUUCCGCCUCCACCAUUUUUGAGAGUUACACAAUGAUUAUCUCUUUUCAAUUAAUGAUAAGCUUGAAUGGCUGCAAGGCUCAUGCCGUCGACUCUUAUGAAGAAGUUUCUCAAAGGGGUUGUACCAAAUUCACGCUUGUCUCCAAUUCUCAGUGGUAUUCAUGUUGAUACUUCCCUGGAAAACAAUCAGAACUGUCCAAGGUUAAAACAAAGUACUCAAUUCUCGAGUGAUAAGUCUGUCACGAACAACUCUGUCAACUCUGUCAAAGGUUUGGAUUAUGAUAAGAAAUUGAACUCAGAGGUAGAAAUCUUCAAAUGUCUGGCUAUCCAGAAGGGAUUUUUUGAGACUGUCCAAACAUAUUACGAGACCAUUGUCAAGCUGGGUUUGAAUGGAAACAUUGACGAAAUGGAAAGGACUUGUCGAGAUCUUGUGAAUGAAGGGUGUUCAGGUGUAGAAGAAAUUAUUGUCUCUUUGGUUAAUACCUUAGUUAGACGUGGUAGAGCCAGAGAAGCACUUUGGGUAUUUCCUCAUAUAAGUUCGGUUGGUUUAAGGCCUUCAGUAGAAACAUUUAAUGUUGUUUUGGCUGUUUUUGUUGAGGAAGAUAGAGAUAUUCAGGAAGUUUUAUUUGUUUACAAGGAAAUGGUGAAAGCUGGCAUUGUACCAAAUGUUGACACAUUAAACUUUCUGUUAGCUGCAUUGUUUCAUGCUGAACAAAUUAAGACAGCCAUGAACCAGUUUAGGAGAAUGAGAAAGAAAGGAUGCAGUCCUAAUAGUAAAACCUUUGAGGUUCUCGUAAAUGCUUUAAUUACAAAAAAUUUAGUGGAUGAAGCUGUUUUAGUUUUGGGUAUAAUGUACAAAAGUCAGUGCGAACUUGAUUUGAGCUUCUACACAUGUGCAAUAUCUUUAUUUUGUAGGGAAGAUAGAAUAGAUGUUGGAAGCUGGUUGUUUACAAUGAUGAAGGCUUCCAAUAUUGUACCAGGUACCUUGAUUUAUAAUACUCUAAUACAAAGUUUAUGCAAAAGCCUUUCAUUAGAUAAGGCAUUAUUCCUGCUUGAAGAGAUGGUUGAAAGUGGUUUGAUCCCUGAAGAAAGUGUGUAUGUAAGUAUCAUAGAAGUUUUUUUUGAGCUUGGGAAAACAGACGAAGCUAUAAAGUUUGUGGAAGAUAGAUGUGCUUUUUAUACUUCUCCUCACAAUGCGUUGCUUGAAGGUUGCACCAAUGCUGGAAAGAUUUUAUUAGCAAAUUGUAUCCUGGGGAAAAUGUCAAAAAUGAAUAUUGAUGAUUGCAAAUCUUGGAACAUAGUUAUUGGAUGGCUGUGCAACAAUGCAAGAAUUGGAAAUGCUUUUGAAUUCCUUGGUAAAAUGAUUGUGCUGUCAUUUGUUCCCAACGAAGACACGUAUGCAGCUCUGAUAGUUGGAAACUGUAAAUCCAGGAGGUAUGAAGUUGCAUUACAGUUAAUGAAUGAGGUACAUUCUAAAUGUUGGAUUCUUAAUGCUGGAUGUUACUCUGAGCUUAUAGAAGGCCUUUGCCAAGCCAAUAGGACUCUUGAGGCUGCAGAAGUUUUUUGCCACAUGUCUAAAAAUAGACACCCUCUUCAUCCGUCUUUAUUUGAUACCUUGAUCAAGGAGAUGUGUGAUUUAGGACAUGUUGAUGAAACAUUGGUGCUGCUACAGUUGGCAAGUUAUGCCGGUACUUCUUGUAAAACUGUGACAUAUGCUUCUAUAUUGCAUGAGUUGUCUAAAACUAAUAAGGCAGAGACUGCCUUACUUGUCUUAUCACAGAUGCUGGUGUUGGGUUGUAACCUUGAUUUGGAGACAUACUACAUUCUCAUACAUAGUUUUAGUUCCAUUAAUCGAGUAAAUGAGUCCAUAUUGCUUUUCAACUGUAUGGUCAAUGAGGCUCUUCUACCUGAUUCAGAAGGACUUUAUAAUUUACUUUUAUGUAUAGCCAACCAUUCUCAGCUGCAUAUGAUUUCAACUACAAUCGAUAAACUGGUUACUCAUACUGACCUUGUAAAUACUGCAACAUACAACUUAUUGAUCAAUGGGUUAUGGAAAGAGGACAGAAAGUAUGAAGCUUGUAAAUUGUUGGACUCAAUGUUGGAAAAGGGGUGGGUACCAGAUGCUACAACUCAUGGAUUGCUGAUUGGCUCUCUAUUUCAAGAGAAGACUGGGGACAGGGUUUUAAUUAGUGAGAAUUCCGCCAUUGAAGAUAACGUAAGCAGCAUACUAGUUGAGGGCCUAGGGAAUUCAUGACAACCAACUUUCUCAGCAUGGCAUUUUAUCCAUCAAUGGUUGACACCCUAGGGCAUACACAAAAAAUGUUGCCUCAUGACACUCCAUCUGAUCAGUUGAUGGUUUACAUAUAACGUUUCAUUCUGCUCCUUGAUUUUUUGACCAUGAAGACUUUUCCCAAGAUUUCUUCUUAAUACUUAUCCCCCUAAUAAAUGAGUUAUGUCAAAUGAGGAAAUGGAGAAUUGUUGACAUGUGGAGGGGAGAGUUAUCAAGAUAAAGUGAUUAUGGUCUCAUACUGUCAAAUCCUCUUUCCACAAGCAGCAACAGUAAGAACAAAGCAUUAAAAGAGGCCAAGCAGAGAAAGAAGUUGUAGAGCAAGUUGAAGAAAUAUGAUCAUGUAACAUGGAAGUUUCAUGUACCUGCUAGGAUAAAUGCAUUGAGGGGAGUAAGGUGCCUUUCAAGUAUAGUUUAUUUAGUUUCAUUUUAUGCCUUCAUUUUAUAGCUUAAGUAGUCAACUGGAAGACCAAUGUUGCGAGCUUUGGGAAUGCCACCCAAUUUUGAUAUGUGUUGUAACAAUUUUGACUGGAAAGUUCAAUGGCAGAUAGAAAUAUAUUCGCUGACGUGUGUCAAACUUGGUGGAUGACUGAAUUCAUAAGAUAUUUUCAACAUGCCUUGGAAGGAAUUUUUGGGAGGCCCUUCGAAAAUUUUUAAUUCAAUGUUUUGAUCAAUGACUAUCCACCGAAACCGUUCACUGUUGAUUUAUUAUGCUUGUAUGAAGAAGUCGGUGGUAUAGUUAUGGUCUUAUGGACAUAGAGGACCAAGGGGAGAAAAUGUUACAAAAAUCCCACCUUUCUUGGAAGGAAAUUUAUUAUUCUAUAUAAAUAUUCAAUCAGAUCUUUAGAUUUUAGAUUCUUUUUAGAUGUUCCAAAAUUUGCCCUUCGGGUUUUACCUUGGCCAAUUCUCUCGGAGUUAUCUGGAAUUGUAAAAGUGGCCAAGAUGACAACAAUAAGUAGCAUAGAUAUUAUGUCGUUAAAGUGAUGCUGUAAUAAAUUACAAGAUAUCAAUUCUUUUUCUA